AUGUUUGGAGCCGCAGCCCAAGGGGCCGGCACAGGGGGGGGCCUCUUCGGCUCGGCCUCGCAAACCCCAGCGGCAACAGGGGGGGGCACUGGCCUCUUUGGAGGCGGGAACACAGCAGCAGCUGCUGCACCAGCAACAGGGACUGGAGCAGCCAACACUGCAACGGGAACAGGCUUCGGCUUGUUCGGGGCGGCCUCCGCAGCAGCACCUGCUGCCACGACCACGACUGGGGGGGGACUCUUCGGGGCUACUGCUACCCCAGCUGCUGCUCCUGCUGCUACAGGUGGGGGCCUCUUCGGGUCUAGUACUACUGCUGCUGCUCCUGCUGCUACAGGUGGGGGCCUCUUCGGGUCUAGUACUACGGCUGCUGCUCCUGCUGCUACAGGUGGGGGGCUCUUCGGGUCUAGUACUACGGCUGCUGCUCCUGCUGCUACAGGGGGUGGCCUCUUCGGGUCCACUGCUACUCCUGCAGCAACUCCUGCUGCUACGACGGGGGGUGGCCUCUUCGGGUCCACUGCUACUCCUGCAGCAACUCCUGCUGCUACAACGGGGGGUGGCCUCUUCGGGUCUACUACUGCUGCUGCCGCUACUCCUGCUGCUGCUCCUGCUGCUACUGGGGGUGGCCUUUUUGGCAAGCCCGCUGCAGCAACAACAACAGGUACUACUGGCGGGGGCCUCUUUGGCGCCAGCACUGCGGGUACCACAGCUACAGGCACAGGAGGAGGGGGUCUCUUUGGUAGUUUAUCUACGACAGGGGCCCCCAGCACCACUGCUACUACAACUCCUGCUGCAGGGACAACAACCGGGGGGCUUUUCGGGUCGAAUACUACAGCAGGAGCUGCAGCACCUGCUGCAGCAACUGGGGGCGGUCUCUUCGGGGCUGCCAAGCCUGCUGCAGGGACGACAACCACAGGGGGCCUCUUUGGCAGCAGCACUAGCAACACCGGAGGCGGCCUCUUUGGAAGCAGCACCAACACCAACACCACCAGCAGCAACACAGGAGGGCUGUUCGGCAGCAGCAGCAGCACUGGCGGGGGUCUCUUCGGCAGCAGCAGCACCACCGCGACAACCGGUUCUGGCGGCCUGUUUGGCGGCAGCACCAAUGCGGGUAGCAGCACCACUACUGGAGGCAGCAGCAGCAGCAACUUGAAAGCAAUCAACAUCAGCACAGCAGCUUUUGCUUCUGUUGACUGGCGUGCUGCUGCGCUGCUGCCGCGGCAGCCAACUCUAGAAAGCUUAGGGCGUGUGCUGCAGCAGCUACCUCAGGGGGCGAGGGAUGUGGAGAUACACCUGAGAGAACAGGAGAGACAGCUUGAGUCUCUGCAGGCACAAACACGAGCACUGAAGAAGUCCUUCGGUUCCUUAGAGGGAGGUCUAGCAGCAGAAGCAGCAAGAGUUGCUGCUGCAGGGCAUCGUGUUGCUGUAAUGAGCCGCCAGAGCAACGCUGUGCGGCCCUUACUGGAGAGAGAUAAAAAUUUAUGUCUUCAAGUCGAGCAGCUGUAUCAACAGCUCGUUCAGAACCUCGCCGUUGCAGCAGCAGGAGCAGCUGCCCAAGGAGCAGAUGUGCCCUGCGCUCUGCCACUACAGGUCCCGUGUGCACUGGCUACCCCCUGCAUUCAGCAGCUGCUGAAGUCUGUCGAGGCUGCCCACGACCGGCUGUCUCUGUUGGAGGCGCAGGUUCAGGAACUCCGCUGUGCCCAAGAAGGGAGCCCCUCAGGCGGAGGUGUGGGCCCCUGCUUUGCUGGGGCACCCCAGUCAACAAGUUGUGGUGGGCCCUCCUCUGGCAGGGGCGAUGGCGUCUUAAUUGCGGAGAUCGUCGCAGCCCAGAGAGACCUUCUGUGUAAUGCGUCGAAGAGGGCGCUUGUCUGUCUGGAGGCAGCUCAGGAGGCCCAGGAGGCCCUCGAGCAGGCAGGAGUUAAACUGGUGCCACCCAGCGAAGAAGAGGAGACAACAGAAAUGCAGCCCAGCCAAGGAGACAAAGCUUCUUUCGCUGGUGGCGGGGGGGCCCUCCUGGGAGAUAACAAUUCACUUCUCGGCAGCCUCCAGCAGCCCGGCACACCUGCUGGUGGGGGGCUCUUUGGAUCCGCGGGGGCCACACAAGGAGGCGGUUCGACUCUUUUUGGGGGGGCUUCUGGGGCUGGUGGUGGUCUCUUUGGCACCCAGAACGCAGGCCAGCAGCAGCAGGGGACCCCUGCCACCGGAGGUUUAUUUGGAACGUCAGGUAGUGGGGGCCUCUUUGGAGCUGCGAACAACACUGCAGCAGGAGGAGGUGUAGCGGCAAAAGGGGGGGGCCUCUUCGGCACUAGCGCGGGAGGCGGGGGUCUAUUUGGAGCAGGAGGUGCUCAAAGCACCACCAGUACUACUCAGCCGGGUACAGGAGUGGGCCUCUUUGGGACCUCUACCGGCACCCAAGGUACUGGUGGCGGCCUCUUUGGCAGCAACCCUCAGCAGCAACAACAGCAGCCAGCCACAGGGGGCCUCUUCGGAUCCAACACAGCGACACAGAGCGGCGGAGGUGGCGGCCUCUUUGGGGCCUCUGCGGCAACCCCAUCAACGGGGACGGGUGGAGGACUCUUUGGCAGCACCCAGCAGCAGACAAACACCGCAAGUGCUGGGGGCCUCUUUGGGGCCAACAGCAAUACUCAGCAGGGUACGGGAGGGGGCCUCUUUGGGGCCUCUAAUAAUACUCAGCAGGGUACAGCUGGUGGUCUCUUUGGGGCCAACAGCGGUACUCAGCAAGGUACAGGGGGUGGCCUCUUUGGGGCCUCGACUAAUACCCAGCAAGGUACAGGGGGGGGCCUCUUCGGGGCCUCGACUAAUACCCAGCAAGGUACAGGGGGGGGCCUCUUCGGGGCUACCACUGGCACCCAGGGUACGGGGGUGGGCCUCUUUGGGGCCUCGAAGACGGCGCAGACUGGUGGGGGACUAUUCGGUAACACCCAGCAGACCGCCCUGGGGGGCGGUCUGUUUGGUACGAAGAAGUGA